AUGGAAAUUACCCUUUAAUUUUUUGAACUAUUAAGAAGUAUAAUUAGAACUUAUACUUAAUUCAUUUAAGCUGUUAAAGAAAAUAACUCUCUUUUAGGAAUGUAGAUUAACAUUAUUAAAGCAACUAGGGUUCAAUUGAGUCGUUAGGAAAGUAUUUUGAAUUUCAUAUUUUAACUUCUAAAAUUUUGAACUUANCUAAUGUCCUGGAGGAGCAUGGAAAAAUGCACUAUUUAUAGAUAAUUUUUAUGAGGAUUGGCUCAUUUGUUUUGGUUGGGGUUGGUAUUUAACAUGUGAUUUCUAAUUAUUUUUAACAUGUUUAAUACCAAUUUUAAUUUAUUGUUUUGAUUACAAAGUUUUUUCCAAAAUUCUUAUAAUUUUAAUGAUAAUUGGAACUUUAGGAUGGACUUAUUAUCUAAGUGUUCAUUUUGAUUUUUUAAUACCAGGUAGGAAUACUUACAAUCCAGAUUAUUAUUACAAAUUUUAUGUUAGUUCAUAUGCCAGAGCCCCUCCUUAUUUUUUAGGGUUGCUAAUUGGAAUACUUUAUAGGGAGUUCAAGCAAUCAAAGAAGAGUGGAAAAAUAACAUACUUACAUUAAUUUAGAGAUUAUGCAUAAAGUAGUGGAUAAAAACUGAUAAUGCAAUUGUGUUGUUAUGGAUUGGGAUUCGGUAUAAUAGGAUAUCUCUUUUUUGGGUGGAAGAAGGAAUUUAAUACAAUAUAGAUGAGUUGGCCAAAAUGGUUCCAACAUAUUUAUCAUGCACUUUGCAGAUUUCUAUUUUCUUUUGGAUUGACACUCGUAGUAUUACCAAAUUUGAUUGGAGCAUAUGAUAUGUAUAAAUAAUAUACUAUACUAGAUUUAAUUCGAAAUUUAUGAAUAACACCUUAUUUAAGUUGAUGGCAAAACUCUCCUUUACUAUGUAUCUUGUACAUUUGAUGAUAAUUGUUAUUUUGACAGAGACCUUUUAUGAAACUCCGGCCUUUGCCUAAAUAGACAUGAUUACUUGUUUUGUUUGUGCAGUAGUGUUAUCCAUGACUUUUGGAUUGUUAUUGUCUUUAUUAGUUGAAUUACCUUUUGGAAAUCUAGAUACGCGAAUAAUAAAAAUAGUUACUAGACCAAAAAGAAAAGUAGACACUCUUUUAGAUUGA